AUGGACUUUGACUUCCAAGAACCAACAUUGCUCGUCUACGACCUGAUUCAUGGCACGAAAUUGGGUAAUCCCGAAUCCAGAGAGCACCUUGAAAGAUUGCUUAUUGAUAAAUGCAUGUAUGACCUCUACAGCUUUCUUGCCGAGAAAGGUGUGCUGAAGCUCGAUCGCGGACGUAUGAAAACACUACUCCAAACCAAGAACGAGAGAAUUGAAGAGCUUGAGAGGCUUCGGGAAAAGGAAGUGGACAACGAGACCUAUGGAAGCGAGAUUGACCGAAGGAUUGCAGAGUUCUACUGCCAAACGAUGGACAUCCAGAACGGAUUUGAAUGGAUGAGAAGACUUAUGAGAGAUGACAUGUCGUUGUCCUUGAAGAUGGACAUUUUUCUCUGUAAAAUCAGAAUGGGUUUGAUUGUAGGAAACAGAAAAGUUGUUGAGGAGAGCAUUGAGGUGGCCGACGACAUAUAUGAGAGAGGAUGCGAUUGGGACAGGAGGAACAGAUACAAGGUGUACAAGGGAAUGUUCAAGAUGAUGAGGAGAAAGUUCAAGGAGGCAGGGAUUUUGUUUAGUGAGAUAUUACCGUCAUUUGAGUCGAGUGAAGUGAUAAGCUACUCGCGGGCUGUGCGAUAUAUGAUAUUCUGCGGCCUCCUUAGGUUUGAAAGGAGAGAAAUUGAGACGCGCAUUCUUAAGUGCAGUGAUGUGAUAGGGAGUUCCGAGAAGCUUGGAGUACAACUAGCAACUUCGCUGUUCGAGUGCAACUAUGGGGAUUUUAUGAACGAUCUGUACCUGUUUUGUAAGUCUCUUCAGGAUGACGUAUUUGUUGGGAGGUUUGUAGAUUUGUUUUGCCGGGAGAUGAGGUUGCGCGUAUACGGGCAAGUCCUCGAAAGUUACCGAUUGAUGCUGCUUGAAAACAUGGCACAGACGUUUAGGGUGAGUGUGGAGUAUGUUGAGCGCGAUCUUGGAGAGUUCAUAGUUGAAGGCCGGCUGUGGAGUAAGAUAGACCGCAUCUCCGGGGUUGUUGAGGUGACUUCCAGGGAGGAGCAGGAUGUAUCAAGUGUUGUUGGAUAUGGAUGCGACGUUGUACGGCGUAUUAAGAAAUGUGUCAAGUAA